UUUAUGUUGGUAAAACAAUAAUAUCAUGAAUAAAUGCAGAUUUUCAAUGUUAUUAUUAGAGCCUGGAGAGAUAUAUUUUGAGGAUUAUUCUUGUUCCAUGCACGAUGAUUUAUCAUUAAAAAAGGGAAUAAUAAGACAGGGUCGCCUAAAACUUUGUUCAAAGUCCCUUGUUUUUGAACCGCGAAAUUUCAUGGAACCACUUCUAAAAAUCCAUUUUAAAGAAUGCUUAAAUAUCUCCACGGUUCCAUCUAAAAUAAAUAAGACAUGUAAUGUGAUUCAAAUAAAAGCUAAGCAAUAUUGUGAAAUGCUGGAAGAAAAUAUUUUAACGCCAUACAAAUUUCAAUACAAAGUUAAGGAUUUUUUCUUUAUCUUCGAUUUUGCCUCAGCUGAAGAAUGCUUAAAUCAGAUGCAACAGCUUUUGAGGGCAUCAACAUUGCAUGCUCCUGAACACAACAGUAUGGUGGCUACCAUCCUUUACUCUAGGUAUAUGAGAAUGGUUUUUGAUCCUGUGAUGAUGGAUGAUUUUACAGAAAAGAUAAUCUAUGAAUUUCAAGUAGAAAAAAUAUCACCACUUGUACGACAUCAGGGCAAACUAGCACUCACACCUACAACUCUUUAUUUUCAACCCAUUAGUAAUAUAGAAAAUAGUCCAAUCCUAAAGGUUAAGCUAAAGGAUAUAAAUAGGAUGUACAACAGAAGAUUUUUGUUAAGGCAAGUUGGUCUUGAAAUAUAUUGUUUAAAUCAAAGCUCAAUUCGUCACAUUUACUUGUUGUUCUUGAGUGAAGAUGAAAGAAACACCGUCUAUGAAUUUAUAGAAUCAUUACCUAAUAAUAAUUUAGAGCAAGUUCAUAUCGAAGAAAUGACCCUCCGUUGGCAAAAUGGGAUUGUAUCAAACUAUGAUUACUUGGUGUACCUUAAUUGCCUUGCAGACAGAAGUAAGAAUGAUCUAACUCAGUACCCAGUUUUUCCAUGGAUUGUGUCUGAUUACACUUCGGAAACUCUGGAUUUAGACAGUUUGGAAACAUUUAGAGACCUAUCUAAGCCCAUGGGUGCUCUUAAUAAAGAUAGAUUAGAAAAGCUAUUGGAAAGGUAUCAAGAAAUGUCUGAACCCAAGUUUCUUUAUGGAUCUCAUUAUUCAGCCCCUGGCUUAGUGUUGUUUUAUUUAGUUCGCAAAUAUCCACAGUACAUGUUAUGUUUACAAAAUGGAAGAUUUGACCAUCCAGAUAGAAUGUUUAAUUCUGUGGGGCAUGUUUAUCAUAAUUGUAUGAAGAAUAUGUCAGACUUUAAGGAAUUGGUACCAGAGUUUUAUGAUACAAGAGAAAAAGGCGAUUUUCUUGUCAACAUGUAUGAUAUCGAUUUUGGAGUCCGACAUGAUGGAAGAAAAGUUGAUAAUGUGGAACUGCCACCUUGGGCGAGUUCACCAGAAGACUUUGUGACCAAGCUGAGAGAAGCUCUAGAGUCAGAUUAUGUUUCCAGGCACAUACACCUGUGGAUCGAUCUCAUAUUUGGCUACAAACAAAGAGGAAAUGAGGCUGUGAAAGCAAACAAUGUUUUUCACCAUGUGUGUUAUGAAGGUUCAGUUGACUUGGAACUCAUAUGUGAUAUGAAUGAUAAGCACGCUCUAGAAGUGCAAAUAAUGGAAUUUGGUCAAGUACCAAAGCAGUUAUUCACCCAGCCCCAUGUUAAAAAAAUUAUACAUCAAGUACUCAAAAGUAUUUCGGACGUUACACCACCACCACCAGUAGAUGGAUAUGAUAUGGAAUUAUUAGAUACAGUGAGACUGCAUAAGGAAGCUGUGACUUGUGCUAUUUGUGAUAAGAACAGAGUUAUAUCCGUUGGGAAGGAUGGGGCCUUAAAAGUGUAUGAUAUGGAACAGAACAAACAAAUAAGGAGUGUCAUAUUGUGCUCCACCCCCCUAAGCUCUUGCGUCAUGGUGGACGAAAACUUAGUCGCUGCUGGGUCCUGGGAUAAUGAAAUAUAUUUAUAUGAUGUUGAGUAUGGACGUGUGAUGGACAGUUUUCGCGCACACGACGAUUCUGUCAGCUGCUUGAUGUGGUUGCCACAAGAACGUUUGUUGGUGUCUGGUGGUUGGGACGCCGUUGUUCGCGUAUGGGGAAACCUGGGCAAUACAGGACAAGCACUUCGUGGGUUGAAGGCCGAGCUUGACCAUGAUGGUAACAUCACCACUAUAGCACAUAGGUACAGAGGCGACAAGCUGGACGUGAUAUCGGGCACUGUGGACGGCGAGGUGGUGGUGUGGGAGGUGAGCACCGGUGCGGCGCUGGUGCGGGCGCGCACGCUCUCUGCGCCGCUCGCUGCGUGCACGCUCACGCACGAGCGCACCGUGUGUGCUGCCCGCGAUGGACUCUUCAACGUCACGGAUCUCAAUGUCAUGAAUGUGAUAUUCGAGAAGCGCGUGUCGACGACGCUGACGGCGGUGCGCGGCGACGGCGGCCACGUGGUGUGGCUGGGCGCUGCCGCCGGCGCUCUGCUGCAGUGGAACAUGGAGACCGUCACACAGACCGAUGAACGCACUAUACACGAAGAUGAAAUCGAGAGCAUAUACUUUGACAAAUCGUCCAAUAGGCUAAUAACAGCAAGUAAAGACAGGUCAGUCAAAAUCUGGAGACUGUCCAGUGACUGCUGACAAAUAAAAGUAAUUAUUUUUUGUUAUUUCAGUAUUAUUAUUAGUCCGGGUUCCUUAGAAUAUUUUCUUAUUACUAUCAAGCAAAUUUUUCUUGAGUAGCUUCAUUUUGAUAAGACGAACUACAAUUUA